AUGUACCACCUCAAGUCUAAGGAAAUCAUUGAAUAUCCCGAGACGACACCCGACUCACAGACUUCCAUUGCGUAUAUACUCCAUAUGGAAUUGACCGAUAAAUCAUAUAAUCCAGCUUGUAACUUCGCAUAUUCUGCAGGGAAACCUUCAGGACAAUCCAAAGGUCAUUUCACUAAGAUUCUGUUGGACCAAGACGGCCAACCGGUUCUGUGUUUAGUUGAUUACAGCACUUAUAACAGCUGCAGUUACAAUUUACAAGAAGCCACUCUUUAUACCGAAAAGGAACAGUCCAUCAAAACCGAGAUUCAACAGAUGCCUACCAAAGCAAAGCAUGGUCAGAAGAGCAAGCAAACGUGCCAAGGUCGAAUUGUCAUUAGACAAAUGCAAGAAAAGCAAUACAUUUGCUGCGAACAUUAUUCGUGCACUUCGCACAAACACUUCAUCCUGUAUCCCGAUCGAGGAGGAGGAUUCAACUUCGAGUAUUUGUGCGCAUUGGUUAGGAACGAUGAGCUGACAAUCAAGACAAUUGAACUGGGAGCUUACAAGAAUGGCUAUGGGCUGUUAGCUCCUUGCACUACAGUCCACAAUUUUAGCUCCCAAAAGGUGAAUUGUGAUGAAGAGGAGCCGACGCUCACUCAUGUCCACCCAUUCUUGGCCAACUUGGACCACAUAGUAUCGUACAUUCACACAGAAAUCAAGGCCUGUCUCCCCAAUGGGACCGGAUGGGAUGGUGUUCAGCAUAUGAAAUCCAAACAAGACGAGGAAGGGAGCACACCCUACAUACGUGAAAUGAAGGAAAUAUCUUGGCAAAGACUCAAAGAUGGCAGAGACCACAUUGAUGAUAGUGAAGAUGAGGAUGGCCCUCUCGAAGGUUUAGACGACGACUGUUUCAAGUUGAUCAUAUGCAUGCUGCUGCAAUGCAGUGAAGACCUUCUGAAGGCAAAGUACGUCCAAAGCGACAUUUCUUUCAAGCAUGUUCCGGGCUGGAAGGAAUUUGAGUUGGUCAGUGUGGACCAUGAGACGAAUCAAGGUCAGUGGUGCACCAAGACACCCAAAGGGACAUCAAGUAUCGACACCUGCAUUUGCCUUCCCUCAAUGAUCAUCAAGGAAUAUUGCACUGGGCCACUGACCAAGAUUGAGGACAGGCAAAAGGACAUUGCCCAAGAGUUAGCACACAACUGCAAGGACUUGCAUGAAAUGGGCCGCUCUGUUUCCAGCUUAGGACCUUAUGAACAUAUCCACCAGUUGUAUCGUUCUGAAAGAGAGGGUGGGGUAUCCAAUCAUAAUUGGAUUUACAAUAAGAUACACUCGAAAUUUGCUCUGCAAGGAAUGUGUUGGGAAAGGAGCUUCAUACCAUUGAGUAUUUGGCAAGCAGGCGAUGCCAUGACAAACGCAGUCAAAAUGUCCCACAUAGAUAUCUAUCGGGAAGGCAUGCCGUGUUCCCUCGUUGGCGGCAUCUCUGGUGCUCGAUACUAUGAUAAGAUGUGCCUUCAGACCCACCGCGUCAUGCAAAAGACUGGAGUGAAGGCCGUCUACAGGCCUACUACGACCGUCGUUUCGGUCAUCCGAAAAUAUAAACGCACAGUUAUUCAGCAGACGCGCAAGUUCAAUAUGGCUGACAAGCAUAUCAAUGAGCAGAACGAGCGACUGCGUAAGUCUUGGGAAAGGUAUCAAAACACGGUCUGUAAGUUAGCGGCGAAACCAACUGACCUCAAAGCCAUCGAGUCACACGAAAAACAGAAGGUCACCUAUGAGAAACAGAAGCAAAAGAGCCUAGACAUGAAAAAGAAAAUGCAUGGUCAGAGCUCAGGAUGA